AUGAUGCUGAGAACCUCAAAAAAUAUAGCACUGAACCCACGAUUACCACGAAUUAUCCAAGAAAGGUUAGCCAGUGAAGCGACAAAGAAUGCUUUUGCUGUAAUUAUUGGUGGUGGUGUUGCUGGCACAUCAGUUGCGUAUCAUUUGACAAAGAGGAAUAUCAAAGAUGUUGUCAUCCUUGAAAAAGAGAAGUUGGCUUCCGGAACGACACACAAUGCGGUAGGCCUUUUAUUGCAGCCAGGUUUUGUUAGCGCCAGUCAUCCAGCACACAGAUAUAAACCAAUUCUAGCCUAUUCUGUGGACUUGUAUAGUCGAUUAGAGGAAGAAACGGGAGAAAAAGUGGGCUUUGUUAGAACGGGCACAAUUAGAUUAGGUACCAAUGCAACUCGGAUGGAUGAGUUUCGGCGCUAUGUAGCCCGAGAUUAUUUCCAGAAGGGUGACGCUUGCAAAACUUCUAUUAUUGAUGCUGCCGAAGUGAACGCAAUGGCUCCAAUACUAGACACUUCAAAAAUUCUUGGAGCGUUGUACACUACCGGAGACGGUUACGCCAGUCCCGAAGGUCUAACACGUGCUCUCGCGAAAGGUGCACAGAGCAAAGGUGCACAGCUCAUUGAACAAUGUCCGGCUUUUAACUUGAUAGAGGAUCCUUCCACGGGGGAAUGGCUGGUUCAGCUUGAUGAUGGACGUGAAUUUCGUGCGCGCCACGUUGUAAAUGCCGCUGGGUUGUGGGCGAGCAAGGUCGGAAAGUUAACCAACCUUGAUGUUCCGCUUGUUAAUAUUGAACAUCAGCAUGCCUUGAUUGGACCUCUAGACGGGCUCAGUUCUAUAACUGACCUUCCUGCCAUAAUUGAUCAUGACAGUACGUUUUAUGUACGUCGUCUCGAUGACAAACUGUUUUUUGGCGGCUUUGAAAACCAUGUCUCAGAUGUAGUAAUUCGCGACGACUGGCAUACUAAAAUGCCGGAAGAUGCAAAAAUCGAUGUGAAUUUCGAGAGAGUGCGUGGGGCGUACAACAGCGCUUGCGAUUUGAUUCCAGCUUUGAAUGGCGCAGAAGUUUCUGCUAGUGCGUCAGCUUUUACAAUGACUGCAGAUGGAUAUCCGUUAGUUGGUCCCACUAGUCAUAAGCAGAAUUACUGGUUAAUGGCUGGCUUUUCUGAUGGUAUAUCGAGUAGUGGUGGGAUGGGUAAAUACUUGGCUGAUUGGAUAAUCGAUGAGGAACCUCCGUCCGAACUUUUCGAUACUGAUGCCAACAGGUUUGAUCGGUGGGCCACUCGCGAAUUUAUUCGUGAAAAAAGCCGUGAAACAUACUCAAUGUUCUACAACUGGUCCGCCAUUAACAGACUAGCAGGUCGCCCAACCGAACGUGUUAGUGGGAUUUACGCUCGUUUGGCUAAAGAAGGUGCUGCUUUUUCAUUCCGGAAUGGUUGGGAGGUUGCACAGUCUUUUGCUGUCCACGAUGAGCCUCGACUGCCAGCUAUGAUACGUGAGUAUCAGAUGGUGACCAACAAAUGUGGGCUUAUUGAUCUUACCUGGAAGGGGAAGAUAGAAGUGCGUGGACCUGACGCCAAGGCAUUUUUGGAAGAAGUACUGACUACUGCUGUUCCUCCUUUAGGAGCCAUAGCCUCAAGUUUUAUGUUAACCCGCAGGGGCAAUUUGUUAGCUCCAGUGAAGGUUUUCCACCAUGAUCAGUUCAGAGACGAGUUUAUUCUUUUGUCCGAUCCAGAAAGAGAGUCUCGAGAUUUAUUCUGGCUGCAACGAGCUGCUGAGGAAAUGAAAAUGAAUGUGGACGUUUCUGCUGUUAGCGAAUAUUUGUCCACUUUAGCUCUUGUAGGCCCUAGCAGUCGUGAAGUUUUACGUGAAUUGAUUAAGGGAGAUAUUUCUGAUAAAGCAUUUCCUGAGCACACUACCAGGAUCGUGCGUAUUAGUACGGUCCCAGUAAUCGCUGCAAGAACGUCUUCUUCAACUGGGCAGCUUUCAUAUGAACUCUACCAUAACAGGCAAGCUGGACUGUUAACUUUAAAGGCCGAUUCCCUAUCAAUUUACAACGCUUUGAUGAGAGCGGGGAAGAAUUACGGUAUUGUAAACUUUGGUCAAGUAACUCACAACAUAUUGAGGAUAGAACAUGGUUUCAAACUCUGGGGCAGAGAGUUAACUCUUAACACAAAUCUUUACGAAUGCGGUUUGGGACAUAUGGUUGACUUAAGCAAGAAAAAUUUCAUUGGAAAGGCAUCUGCUGCCGAUUUGUCAAAGAAGAAGUGGAAUAGGAAGCAGGUUUUGGUAGCUUGUGAACCUUUGAAAGAAAUUCAAAAUUGGGGGAGUAUACCCCAAGGAAUGGAGGUAAUACGAAGGCAAGGCGAAGAAGAGCGGAUUGGACAAGUGACUUCAGGCACGUAUAGUGUGAGACUUCAACGGCCCCUCGCUUUUGCCUGGAUAAAUUCAGACAUCACUGAAAACGAUGAGGUUUGUUAA